GCCCCCGCACCUUUCCCCGCAUCUUCCCCGCCGUCAUGUCUUCGGGAGUCCUCCACACGUUGAGCGCGGCCGCCCCUGAGCCGACGACAAGCACUGCCGGCAUCAAUGGCGCUGCACCCACUGGGUAUAAGCUCGGCGAGUUCUGCAUCGAUGAGUAUAGGCCUAUCAAGGUCGUUUGUAUCGGUGCGGGGUUUAGCGGGAUUGCUGCGGGGAUUCGGUUUCCACAGAAGGUGCCGAAUGUGAAUUUGACGAUAUACGACAAGAACCCAGGGGUGGGCGGCGCUUGGUAUUUGAACAAGUACCCUGGUCUGGCUUGUGACAUACCUUCCCACUGUUACCAAUACACAUUCGAGGAGAACACCAACUGGUCAGCGUUCUACGCCCCCGGCCCGGAGAUCCGCGCGUACCUCGAGCGCGUGGCGGACAAGUACAAAGUGCACAAGUACCUGAAGCUCUCGCACGAGCUCACAGGCGCCUACUGGGACGAGCGCAAAUCACACUGGCGGUUGACCCUCCGCCGGUUGUCUCCCAAUUCAACGCCGGAGAAUCCGCAGUACGAAGACAUCGAGGACACGGCGGACGUGCUGUUCUCGUCUUUGGGCGCGCUCGGGCGGUGGAAAUGGCCGGAUAUCCCUGGGCUGAGUGAAUUCAAAGGGAGGGUGCUGCACAGCGCGCAGUGGGAUGUUACGGACGGGCAUUGGGAGGAGGGCGUGCGGGACUGGGGGGACAAGAAGGUUGGCGUGAUCGGUGUUGGAAGCUCGGCGAUACAGAUCGUGCCUGCACUGCAGCCUAAGGUGAAGCAGGUGGUGAACUUUGUGCGUGGGAAGACAUGGCUCGCGACGCCGUUCUCGGGCGAGAAGAUGGCGGAGCUGCUGAAGAGGGAUGCAGGCGCUGCAAACUAUAAGUUCAGUGAUGAAGAUAAGAAGCGCUUCAAGGAGGACCCGGAGUUUUACAGGAAGUUCCGGCACGAGCUUGAGUCGGAUUUGAACUCCGUACACGGCGCGACCCUUCGCGGGAGCGCGCAGCAGCAAGGGGCACGAGAGGCUUUUAAGGAGAAUAUGAUGAAGAAGUUGGCGAAGAAGCCGUGGAUCGCGGAGCACAUCAUACCCGACUUUGCGGUGGCGUGCAGACGGCUGACGCCAGGACCUGGUUAUCUGGAGUCGCUUUGUGAGGACAACGUGACCUUCGAGACGAACGAAAUCAAGCGCGUGACGCCGACCGGCAUCGAGAUGACGGAUGGACGACACUACGAGCUGGACGUGAUCGUCUGCGCGACGGGCUUCGACACGUCCUUCAAAUACCCCUUCCCUUUCGUCGGGCGCGGGGGCGUCACCCUCCACGAGAAGUUCACGCCGCAUCCCCGCACGUACAUGGGUAUGUGCGUCGACGGAUUCCCGAAUUGGUUCCAGAGCCUCGGGCCGAACUCGGGCGUCGGUUCCGGCAGCUUGUUGGUGAUUAUUGAACGACAGCUGGAGUACUGUGUGCAGGCCACAUUGAAGAUGCAGAGAGAGCGGUUGAAGGUGGUGGAGGUGAAGAAAGAAGCGGUGGAUGAUUUCGAUGAGUAUUUGGAGGCGUACUUCCCCAAGACCGUCUACAGCGAGAAGUGUAGGUCUUGGUACAAGAUGGGUAAGGAGGAAGGCCGCGUAGUCGGACUUUGGCCAGGAUCAUGUUUGCACGCAGUCCGAGCUCUCGCGCACCCCCGCUGGGAGGACUUCGACUACGAGCUCGCCGACCCGGUCAAGAACAGGUUCUACUGGCUCGGCGACGGGCAGACGUAUAACGAGAAGACGAUGACGGGCGAUCGUGCUUGGUAUUUGAGCCCGGAGGAAGUGGAUAUACCGCCUAUUCCCAAGGAUUAAAUAGUUCCGGGACUAGCUUUAGGACGAUGUGUGUACGGGGGUUUUGGGGUUAUAAACGUGGUGUAGAAUAGAUAGGUCUGGUCAGCUCGUGUAACAUCUGAAUUUUUCAUGAUCAUGCUGAAUGGAUAGAAAUGAAUGGCCGCCUAAUGCGUUCUGAUC